CCUCCAAUCAGUAGGUGGCGAUAUAGCACCUUGAGUGCCAUUCGCCAUAAAAUCCAGGGAAGCUAAGUUGAUGCUAAUGCUAGUUAGCUGACGUCGCUUAUUUCUACGGACAUGUACGGCAUAGAUGGAUGAAGUUUGGCAUAUCAAAGGUUCUAACCUCACCCAGUAAGCCACAGGUUGUCAUGAUGUCAGAGCCAAAGUCUCCAACGCCAACUCCUGGAGACACAUACAAGGGUUGGCUAUUCAAGUGGACUAACUACAUAAAAGGAUACCAGCGACGUUGGUUUGUUCUCAGUAAUGGACUACUAUCCUACUACAGAACACAGGCAGAGAUGGGGCACACGUGCAGAGGCACCAUAAACCUGGCCACAGCCAACAUCUCUGUGGAGGAUUCAUGUAAUUUUGUCAUUUCCAAUGGUGGGGCACAAACCUAUCACCUGAAGGCCAGCUCAGAGGUCGAGCGGCAGCGCUGGAUCACUGCUCUGGAGCUCGCCAAGGCAAAGGCCGUCCGCAUGCAGACUGAAUCUGACGACUCGGGUGAUGACUGUUCUGCAUUGCCCCCCACCUCAGGACAGGGUGGAGGCUCACGUAACUCAGAAAUCCAGUCCACACUCCGCACACUAAGCAGCAAGGUGGAGGACCUCGGCACCUGCAAUGAUCUUAUUGCCAAGCAUGGCUCUGCCCUCCAAAGGUCUCUGUCAGAACUGGAGGGUUUUCGAGCUGCAGGGGACAUGAGUGAAAAAAUCAGACAAGUUACAGAGCGUGCCACACUAUUCCGAAUCACCUCUAAUGCCAUGAUCAAUGCAUGCAGGGACUUCUUCACCCUGGCCCAGGCUCACAGUAAGCGGUGGCAGAAGGCUUUACAGGCUGAAAGAGACCAAAGGAUACGUUUGGAGGAGACUCUGGAGCAGCUGGCCAAACAACACAACCACUUGGAACGGGCUUUCAGAGGAGCUACUGUUCUACCUGCUUCAUUAAGCAAUUCUGCCUCAGGUAACAAGGGGUCUAAUGUGUCAGUUCAAGGAGACAUUAGUGACGAGGAUGACGAGAAUGAGUUCUUUGAUGCGAUAGAAGAUCCAGAGGAGUUCAUUACUGUCCCUGCUGACCCCAAGUAUCACAGGAGAUCUGGUAGCAAUGUUAGUGCGGUCAGCAGUGAGAUUGGAACAGAAGAUCAGUCGUUUGAUGAACAGUCUUUAGCAUCCAACCCAGAUUCUCCACAGUCCCUUGACGUAUAUCCAGUUCGGCAAAGACGGACUCGGAUACCCGACAAACCCAAUUAUUCUCUCAACCUGUGGAGCAUCAUGAAGAACUGUAUUGGAAAGGAGCUCUCAAAGAUACCAAUGCCUGUGAAUUUCAAUGAGCCUCUCUCAAUGCUGCAACGUCUGUCUGAAGACCUGGAGUAUUAUGAGCUGCUGGACAAGGCUGCCAAAUGUCACAGCUCUCUAGAACAGAUGUGUUAUGUUGCAGCUUUUACGGUCUCCUCGUAUUCCACCACUGUCCAUCGUACAGGCAAACCCUUCAAUCCGCUACUGGGAGAAACCUUUGAGUUAGAUCGUCAAAGAGAGUGCAGUUAUCGUUCCCUCUGUGAGCAAGUGAGCCAUCACCCCCCUGCUGCAGCUCAUCAUGCAGUCUCUGAAAAAGGCUGGACUCUAAGACAAGAAAUUACCCUUGCCAGCAGGUUUCGGGGCAAAUAUCUCUCCAUAAUGCCUUUGGGUUCUAUACAGUGUAUAUUUGAGAAGAGCAACAAUCACUAUUCUUGGAAGAAAGUGACUACCACAGUCCACAACAUUAUUGUGGGGAAGUUGUGGAUUGAUCAGUCGGGGGACAUAGACGUGGUGAACCACAAGACAGGAGAUCGCUGCCAUCUCAAGUUUGCUCCCUACAGUUACUUCUCCAGAGAUGUAGCACGAAAGGUGACAGGAGUAGUAACGGAUAAGGAUGGAAAGGCGCAUUAUGUCCUAUCAGGAACAUGGGAUCAGAGGAUGGAGUUUGCCAAAAUCAUGCAGAGCAGUAGAGGCGAGAAUAGUGCUGAAGGCAAACAGAGGACAGUCUAUCAAACGCUCAAAGCCAAAGAAAUAUGGAGAAAGAACACACUGCCAGAUGGUACAGAGAAAAUGUACUACUUCUCCUCACUGGCACUGACGCUCAAUGAACCUGAAGAGGGAGUCGCACCAACAGACAGCCGGCGACGUCCCGACCAGCGGUUAAUGGAGGAAGGCCGUUGGGAUGAGGCAAACGUGGAGAAACAGAGACUAGAAGAAAAACAACGGAGUGCUCGGCGAGAAAGAGAAAGGGAGGCUGUUAAAGCAGCAGGCUCACCUGACGAAGCUGAUGCAGAGGAGACUAACACAGAAACAAGUGAAGUUUCUGAUGAAAGUGUCCAUCAUGAUAAUUACCAAGCACUGUGGUUUGAGAAAGUGGAUGAUCCUGUGUCUGGAGAGACCAUGCACGUCUACAAGGGAGGUUACUGGGAGGCUAAGGAGCGUGGAAGUUGGCACAUGUGCCCCGACAUCUUCUAAUCACAGCUGAAUCUGUGUGUGUGUGUGUGUGUGUGGCUGUGUCACCCAAACAAAUGAGAAGAUGGUAAAAGACACCUUUGGUGGAAUGUGGAAGCAGGUGUGAAAUCAUCUUGGCUUUGUCUGAUAGAGCCGCCUCCUAUGUGUUCCUGCACAGAUCUUCUCUGGCUCCUCCUCAGGACAGAGUGGUUGUGACCUGGUUCCUGUCUUUACCCCCUCAUCAUAAACAUGUAGUAAUUUUGCAGCUGGUUAAUAUUUAGAGUUGGCCGUCACUUCCUCUCAAACACCGAUUAUGUUUGUCUCAGCUGUUUCUUCUCCAAGAUUCAGCGUUAUAUGGCGCAACCUUUUAGUUGCAUUUUGCAACAUAUUCCAGCAAAUGCAGUUAUGUAGUUCCACAUCACCUGAAGUGAAGUUCCUUGAGAUAAAUGUAUAAUUAUUUUGCAUUUACUUUGUCACAUUUUUUGCGUGACCAUUGUAGGUCAUUUUAUUCAUACCCAACACUUUCGGCAGCUUACACACUAAAUCACGUGUACGUGAAUAGCUUGGCUGCAGUGGUUCUCACAAAGAGUGAUUAGACAGUGCUGCGCAAAACUUUGAAGACAAUGAAAAGCUGCUGCAUAUCUAAUGUUUUCUUUUCAGUAAUAAAGCUACAUUUUUGGGUGAUUUCCUGCAGUUUAUGAGAAUCACAUUUUUAAUAAGUGAUCAGUAACUUUGUGUUGUCAUGUCCCAGGCAGCACACCUGGAAAAAAAAAGGUAGAUAUAUUUUUUAAAAUUGGGGUACUAAUUUGAUUAUUUUAGUUUGUUUAGUCAUUUUGACUUUCAGUUAAGACUAAUUAAAGGGGUCAUCAGAUGCUAAGUUUACUCAAAAUUCUAAGGAGUCUAAAACGAACACUUAUAAACGCAGGCAGGCCUUCUCUGGCGGAUAAAUGGCCUAUUUGAACACUUGAUUAUUGUUUUGUUUUUUUGUUUUUUGUCUGGUACAGGGUAGGGAUGGGAAUCGGAAAAAUUUGUUUUUUUUUUUUACUCCAUUGAUGUUAUCUGCCACAGAUGUUAUCUGUUCCUGCCACUAUAUUUUGACGGUUCUAUGUUGUAAAAACUCAUCCAUCAUGACAUCAUAAUCUCUCUUGAACAAGCUCCAGUGACAAACCUGUGCACAUCUCUAUUUUAUUUGCACAGGAAAUUAAGACAUGGAUAAAUCAAUAGAUCAGACUGAUAAUCAGAAUUGAUAAUACCAUAAUCCUAGUUAAAAUCUCAUCAGUUCCCAUCCCUAAAGUUGAAUGUGAUGUAAGAUAAUAUGCAAAGUUGGCCUUUGGCUUUAUUGUGAUUUGUGUUGCUACUUUGUUUCCUGAAGUGAAACAUGUUUUGAGGCAAAUCACGUCUACGCAUUAUCUUUUUGUGUCACGUUUUAAAUUAUCUUCUUAUAUUUCAGUGGUUUAUCUACUGAAGAAAUAUUUGGGAAUAUAUAGCAAUAGUGAUAAGGUGUGCAAUUGCAAGUUUGUGAUUAUUUGAGUGAUUUCUGACUUACUAAUCUUGAAAAUUUAUAAUUAUGAAAUGGAAAUAGCUAGAGAUUUUCUUUUUUGUACCCUUUAUUGAUUGUAACUUAACAAUGUGCACCUUUUUUUAUUUUUUUAUUUUAUGGAAACAAAACUUCACUUAUGUGGUACUAAACCAAUUUGUAUCAGUGACACUAAAUGACUAUCUUGCGCACUGUUACCACUUGGGAAGAAAAAAAAAUGUGGCUUUAUUUUUGCUCAGUGUAUUUUAAGCAGCGUUGCUUUCAAUCAGCUAGUGAAAUGUAAAAACAAAAACUAAUUGCAUAAAUUGUUGAAUAAGACAUGAUUUUCAGUUGUAUAACAAUUCAAGAUACGUGAGACCUUGUAGGCACCUAACAUUUAUCUCUAAUUUAUAUUUCCAUAAACUAUAUGAAUUCCGGCGGUGUGAAAUUUGGGGCCAAAAUGAGAUGGUUUUUGAUUAAUCUGUUGGUUUGUUGUUUGUGUAAAUAUUGAUAAUUUUGGGUAAAUUUUGAACAGAAGAGCUGUGUGCUGGUUUCUCUUGGCUUUUUGAGCAGUGACAUGAGGGGAAAUGCUCUUUUCCUGUUUUCCUGUUGAACAUAGCUUUAAUGUUGAUUAGUCUUGCCUAAUUAUGCUGAUGGUGUACACUUUUGAUGGGCAAGAGGGGGGAAAAAGUGCCUCUCCAUUUACGUGUGGCACAAAAUGAAACGUGAGCAGUCUGAAAAUCAAAGUGAACUCAUGACCUGAAUUCUGUCAUUGUAUCAACUUCAGGUGUCAUGAACAGUCAAACUGAUGUAUGAAAACAAAAUUCCAGUUUACAUUAAAGUGUACUUAUAAGAACAACACAGAAAAAAAAAAGUUAUAAAACAUAAUGGUGAAUCUGUUGAAUAAAGGCAUUUAGAUGUUAUCUGAAUAUAUUGGUGACAAAAUAUUCUUUUUGUUUUUUUUCUCGGGUUGUGUUCAUUAUACAGAAGUUUUUCUUUGAAUUUUUGUUUCUCCAAAAUGCUUCCUUUGGGGGGGGUGAUUGUCAAAACUAGCAUCUAUUGUUUGUCAUUUAAAUUAACCCAUGACAAAUAGGAGAGAUGAAUCUACAGCUUGAUGGAAUGUCAUUAAUUUUUGAAAAUUGGUUUGGCAAAUUGUUCUGUUCUUUUUUAAGUAUGUUUAUAUAUAUAUAUAUAUAAAAAAAUCCUUCUUGUCUAAACUGUAGUCUUCCAUUUGUAUUAUUUCCCCCUUCAAAGAUCUAUGAUUUUUACUAUAUUCUCUGUAUCGGAGAGUUUUCACAACUUGCCACAGUUCUUUAAAAAUUACAUUUUAUAAAGCACUUUAAUACAUUACCUUUGAUUUGAUUUUGGUAAAUGCUGAACUUUUGAGACCGGGUAUAUAUGAGUUUGUCAUCUGAGGUUUUUACAACAUUUUUGUGAACCAAGUUCAGUCAUUGAAAACAUAAUUUCUUUGCUUUUUCUUGUAUCUUUCCUUCCUGUUCUUGAAUGGAGAUUUCAAAGCAGAGUUGUUCAAGGUUGCAUUAAAGUGUGAAUUCAGA